AUGGGAUUGUUGCGAGCAUUGAGUUUAUUCUUCAUAACGGCGUUUCUGCCUCAGGUUCCCCGCACAGCGGCCAAUUUGGGGUUUUCCCCCUCCAUUGUUUCAGAUUGCCCUGUGACGGCCAUCAAGUCCACAUCAGCGUCUUCGUUAACAGUGAAAUGGAAUAAAUAUAUCGGUGCCACGAACUAUUUCCUGGAUCUGCGGGUGGUAAAUGUUACAGACGUCGCCCCAGUGGUGGUGACGCUGCCUGCAUCGAGCACAGAAAGGCUGGUCUAUGGUCUCAGGCCGGCGACGACCUACAAUGUAACUGUGAAGGUGUUUCAGUUUUACCACGUCAGGUGUGUGGGAACCAGCAUAGCCACGACAGUUCCCGCUACCACAUGGAUCACCUCUUUAAAAGCAAUAUCGAGCACCGCUAUCCGGCUGGAAUGGGCGCCUGUCCAAGGCGCCGAGCGCUACUUGGUAACAGUGGCGUCCCCCGGCGAGAGACUCAGCCGAAGCGUGGAGGCGCUGAGCGCCGCGAUCGGGGAGCUGCGGCCGGCCACCUCCUAUAACUGCUACGUGUACGCCUGCAACGCCGCUGGCCAGGGCGCUGCCAGUCAAGUCAGGACCAUCGUUACCUUGCUAGGCCCGCCAGAAGUUACGGGAGGCGAGCAUGUAGAAGAAAGUACAGCCCGCGUAAGGUGGAAAGCCGUGGAUAAAGUGCUGCUCUACCGGGUGACGAUCGCCGACACCAGCGACUCGAGCGCCGCACCCGUUACUGCCAACGUGUCGGCCACCUACGUGGACAUCAAGAACAUCAAAAUGUGCUCGGCCUACGAUGUGGCCAUAUCGUCAUACAACGUUUUUCUUCAGGCUGGGGACGCCACUCAUUUUACCUACAAAACGAGCACUCUGAGCCCAGCCGAGCACAUCUCUGUGGAAUACAGCUGUGUCAGCAGAAGUGUAAUGGUGACAUGGAAUUCAGUGUAUGGUGCCGACUCAUACAAGGCGCUGGCCAUUGACAGCCGUCAUACAGUCCUGUCCUGCACGUCCCUUUCGCCAAGCUGCCAGAUCACUGGCACUCUCUGCAGCCAGCGCUACACGGUGCAUGUCAUCGCUAUGUCAAAAACCUGCGAGAGCACGACCAACUCCAGCAGUUAUUUUGAGACAGUGCCGUGCUCCCCCACCAACGUGGAGGUCUUCCGUGAGUGUUUCAGCAACGUGAUCAUAUUCUCCUGGGGGGCCACCAGCAACUCCCUCUACUACAGGGCCACCGCGGUGGACUCAGAAGGCGAGCGAACGGACUGCUUGACCAGGGAGACGUCCUGCUAUUUCACCAACACCAAGUGUGGCCGCAGAUACCGAUUCACUGUGUUCGCCAUGAGCGGGGAAUGCAACAGCAGUGCUAGCCUUCCCGCCCACAUCCGAACAGCCCCCUGCCAGCCACGGAACGUGAAGACGAGGUCGGAAUGCCACUCGGACGUCCUGAUCAGCCAAUGGGACGCAGCCGCCGGGGCUAAGAUGUACAUGGUGGAGAUGAUGGGGAACUCCCACAACCUGUACAACUGUAGCUCCAUCACUAACAGCUGUGCCACCCCGGGUGUGCAGUGUGGCGAGAGCCUGACAGUAUGGAUCACUACCUCGGACGAUGAGUGCUCCAGUGAGAAGGCCCUCGGGGAAGUGGCCGAGACCGUGCCCUGCGUUCCUCAGAAUGUAUCUACUGAUUUAGACUGCGCCACCAACGAUCUCACAGUGCGCUGGGAGUACAGCCACGGUGCGGACUUCUACAUCGCAUCGGCUGUGCGGCCGGAUGGUGCCGUCCACCUCUGCCAGACAGCGGAUACCAGCUGUGUGAUCCGUGGCCUCUCCUGUGGGCAGAGCUACACUGUUUAUGUUGUGGCUUCCAACUUUAAGUGCAACAGCUCUGAGAGUGUACGGGUCAUCAGAGAAACCGCUAACUGCCCUCCAGAGCAAGUCCAGGCCACUUUAGAUUGCUCGGAGAACCACGCGUUGGUCGUGUGGCAGACCUGGCAGAGCAAGGCUUCGUGCACAGCCUCCAUGGAGGACCAGGUGGGAGGGCUGCUAAGCUGCAGUACCACGGGCAGCGGCUGCAAGGUCUCGGGCCUCAAGUGUGGCCAGAAGUACAAGGUCUGGGUGGCACAGCACAGUGGGACGUGUCCGGCCGCACAUUCCAAAUCCAUCUACUUUGACUCUGUCCCCUGUGGCCCAGAGGACGUGUCAACCCAGCUGAACUGUGGCAAUGGGACACUGGGCGUGAGCUGGGCCACCUCAGCCCAUGUGGACGGGUAUGUCGCCAUUAUGUUGGCGGGGAGUGGGGAAAGGACAUACUGCAACACCACAGAAACUCGCUGCACCUUCGACGGCCUGGAGUGCGGAGAGUCUUACACUGUGGUGGUGAUGUCAAACAACGGCAGCUGCUUGAGUCUUCCAAGCAGGGAUUUGACCAUCCAGGAAGUACCCUGCGUGCCGACCGAGGUGGCAGCCAGUCACAACUGUGAGGGGAACUUGGCCAAUGUCAUGUGGACACCAACCCCAGGGGCCCAACACUACAGGGCUAUUGCACGGAGCAAUGGUGGGGCCCAUUCUGAAUGCGUCUCCAGUGAGCUGGCCUGCAACUUCAAUGACCUGCAGUGUGGCCGGGUCUACACCAUAGGGGUGGUGGCACUGAGCGGAGACUGCACCAGCUUGGAGAGCAAGAAUGCAGUACUCCAGACAGCCCCAUGCACUCCGUCUAAUGUGGUGGUCCAGACUAACUGCUCGAGUGACAGGGCUUUUGUGUCCUGGGGCGCCAUUGCAAAUGCGGUGUCCUAUUUGGCGACGGCGGGGGGUGUGGAUGGGCACACCGUGUCCUGUGAAAACAGCGAGCCUGGCUGCUGGAUCGAAGGUCUCUACUGUAGCCAGGAGUACAACUUUACGGUCUCGUCGGACGACGGCACCUGCCAGAGCCUGAGCAGCGAGCCAGUGCAGCAGGAAACGGCUCCAUGUGUGCCGCGGGACACAGAGAGUCACAUCGACUGCAGUACCAGUGCUUUGACUGUCAGCUGGGACUCCCGUAGUGAACUACUGCUGAACUAUAGUGUAAUCGUAUUGGCUGAGGACACAAACACAUAUUCUUGCACCACCUGGGAUGCAACCUGCAAAGUCGAGGGGCUGCAAUGUGGCCAGCAGUACCGUGUCUACAUGGCGGCUAGCAGGGGCAACUGCAGCAGCAUGACGACAGUGCCGGAAAUCGUUCACACAGCACCAUGUGUCUCACAGACCGUGAAAGGGGCUGUGAUGUGUGGCACAAAUACCCUGGUAAUAUCAUGGGACAGCUCUUCUGGGGCCACAGCCUACACUGCUACUGUGACCAGUUCAAGUGGUGACCCAAGCAAGUUCUGCUCCACCUCAGAACUCACCUGCAUGUUGGACGACCUGAGAUGCACCCAGCAGUACACUGCCACUGUGGUUGCCCAGGGCAAACAGUGCAACAGCACAGCUAGCUCUGCCGUCUCAGUGGUGACAGGACCUUGUGAACCUGAAGGUAUGGCGACCCAGCUGGACUGUGAUGACAAUGCAGUGCUGGUUUCCUGGAACGCCAGCCCAGGAGCCCUGGAGUACACAGUGCUGGCAAAGGGCAGGAAGGGUGACCUUUCCUCUUGCUACACCAUGGAAACCACCUGCCUGUUGACUCGGCUCGCCUGCGGUCAGAUAUACAACAUCACAGUGUUGGCUGGCGAUGGGAAUUGUAACAGCAGCUCUCUGGCUUACAGAACCGUGGAGACAGCUCCAUGCGCCCCUGUCAUGAUUAGCCACAGCCUAGUCUGUGAAACGAACAUGGCGACUGUCUCAUGGAGAAAGGAAGAUGUUGCUGUGGGUUAUGUCCUCAAUGCCACCUCAGUCAUGGGCCACAGGAAAGGGUGCAAUGCCAAUGGAACUUUCUGUGACCUGCCUGAGCUGCAGUGUGGCAAAAUGUACAUGGUACAAGGCAUGUCCCUGGGGAAGGAGUGCAAUAGUGAACCAAGCUCCGAGCUCACUAUUGUCACAGCUCCCUGUCCCCCUGUCAUGGUAAAGUCCACCUACUACUGCAGCAGCAACAUCGCCCUCAUCAGCUGGGAUGAGAGCCUGGGCCGAGAAAGCUUCUUAGUGCACGUGAUGGGAGGCAGGGAGGUGUACACUCAGAACACGAUGGAGACCACGAGCACCUUCACUGGCCUGGAGUGCCAGCAGAAGUACAAUGUCACCGUUAGAGCGGUGGCCAGACAUUGCAACAGCAGCCAGAUGGCUUCAACGGAAUUCCACACAGGUAUAACGUUUUCUGAAAAGCUCCUCAUAAGGGUGCCUCAGCUCCUGCUAAUGGCCGCCUCUCCCACAGCUCCCUGUGCACCACAGAAUGUGAGUGUGAUCCUGCUGUGUGCUGACAACACGGCAGAGGUGACCUGGCAAGCCAGUCCUGGUGCGGCAUCCUACAACGUGACUGCCCUGGCAAGGGACGGCGACAGCAAGAGUUGCUUUACCACGCAGACACUCUGCCAACUGCCCAGAAUGCAUUGCGGACAGAUGUACAUCAUCACAGUGGUGCCCAACUCAGACACCUGCUUCGGAUUCUUCAGCACUGCCGUCACCUAUAUAGCAGUGCCCUGUCUCCCCAGGCAUAUCAAGGCCUCCAUGGACUGCGAGAGGGCCACGGCGGUGGUGACCUGGGACUUCUCCCCCGGAGCAAUGUCCUAUGUUGCUACAGCCACUGCAACAUCUGGCCACGUUGCCACCUGUGACACCACCCACACCAACUGCGAGAUGAGCAGUCUGGCAUGUGGGGAGCGAUACUUCGUGUCAGUACUCGCGCGGGGGGAGACCUGCAACAGCACAUCCAAGAUGCCUCGCCAGCUCAUGACAGAACCAUGCAUGCCUCUUCAUGUUAGCAUCCAGUACAACCCACCAGUAGGCCAGGUCUACUGGGACACAAGCAUGGGGGCCUCAUACUACAUCACAGAGGCUGUGACCAGUGACGGCUUCCAGACUUCAUGCACAACCACGGACAACUACUGUGCCCUCCAUAAUAUGGCCUGUGGCCGUGAGUACAACAUCACGGUCCUUUCCAGCAAUCAGGCCUGUGAAGAUAUCGUCACCUCUGACCCAGUCAGCCAGACCACAGAACCUUGUCCCCCGAAGCAUGUCCAAGCCCGUGUGGACUGCAGGACAAACCUGGGACAUGUGUCAUGGGAGGAGAGUGAUGGGGCUGUGGCCUACCUGGCCAUCCUGGAUGGGCGCGAUGGAGAUUCUACCUUCUGUUACACCACAACCACAUCCUGCACUUUGGAUACACUCCAUUGCGGAACGGUCUACUACACCAGAGUCCAAUCUAUAGGAGAGACAUACAACAGCUCAGACAGUGCCGCCUACAGCCUACUCACAGCUCCUUGUGUGCCAGACAUGUGGGAGGCCCAGGUAAACUGCAAGAACGACACUGUGUUGGCAUCCUGGAAUUACAGUAUUGGGGUGGAGUCCUACGUACUGACCGCCAGAGGCAUCGAUGGACAUUCCACUUCCUGCAUCACCAGGGAGACCUACUGUACCCUCGUCGGCCUCACCUGUGGGAAUGCGUACACCCUCAGCCUGGCUGUCUCCACCCAUCAGUGCUCACUCAUGUCCCCCACCGAAUUCACCCUCCAGACCAAGCCUUGCCCCCCACCGCACGUGUCGGUGGAGCUGCAGUGUAACUCUCGUACUGCCAGUGUAUCGUGGAGAGAGAGCGAAGGGGUGGAGCUCUACACGGCCAGCGCUGUGGACUCUGCAGGCAUGUAUGCCGAGGACUGCAACACCACCGGCACCACGUGCCUCUUUGCCAACCUGGAAUGUGGGGAGACCUACACCUUCACAGUCAGGGCGUACAGCGGCGAAUGCCGGAGCCAAGCCGGCGAGACCAUCCAUCGCAAUACAGAGCCAUGCCAGCCCAUCAACGUGACAGCGCAGGGAUCAUGUGAGAACGACACAGCCGUCCUGCAGUGGGCGGAGACUAAGGGGGCGUCUAUAUACGUCGUGAGUGCCCUGGGUGACCUGGGGUACGUGGUGGAUCUCAGAACCCCCAACACGUCCAUCCCGGCUGAGCUGCCCUGUGGACAGACCUACAACCUCAGUGUGGUGGCCUGGGAUGACUAUUGUGACAGCCCCAGAAGCAGUGUUCUGCAAUACAGAACCGCUCCAUGCACCCCCCAAAAUGUGGUGCCCAGUGUCCAAUGUGAGGACAGCGUGGGCUCUGUCAGCUGGGCACACAGCGACGGCGCCGAGUCCUACGUGGCACUUGCCGUGGGACUGGACGGCCACACCCACACCUGCGCCAGCCAUAACCCUAACUGCACCUGGGACGACCUGCACUGCGGCAACCUGUACGGCAUCACCGUCAUCGCCGAGGACGCGCUGUGCAGCAGCCUGCCUAGCAGCAGCGUGCUCAUCUACACCGCGCCCUGUGUGCCCCAGAACCUGAAGGCCUCCCUGAACUGUAGCACCAAGGUGACACUGCUGACGUGGGACCCCAGCCCUGCGGCCAAGUUCUACACGGUGACCGCCGAUUCUAGCGAUGGCCAGAGGAUGCAGCUGAGCACUGGCAAAAUGCACACCUACAUCUCUGAGCUCACCUGCAGUCACGUGUAUUCCCUCACGGUCACGGCCAUGAGCACGCACUGCACCAGUGCCGCCAGCCCACCCAUGCACUGGCAGACAGAGGCCUGCCCCCCCACUGCCACUGCCCCCGAACUGGACUGUGUGUCUAACAUCGCCGCUGUGACAUGGGAGGCAGUUGAGGGGGCGGAGUUUUACAUCACCACUGCCUACUCUGAGGGCGGCCAGUCCGACACCUGCAUGUCCCCCACGACCCGAUGCAGCCUGGCCGGCCUGCAGUGCGGUCAGAUGUACACCGUGUCGGUCACUGCUGUCAACCAGCAGUGCGGUUCUGAUCCGAGCGUCCCUAGCAUGUUCCACUCAGUUCCCUGCGUCCCACAGGGCCUGACCGUAGAAAUGCACUGUAUGGAAAAUGAAGUCCUAGUUACCUGGAACAACAGCCAGGGGGCGCUGUCCUACAGGGCUGUCGCCCAGCAUGAUGGAGGAAGCCCCUUGUUCUGCGAGAGCCACGACCCUGGCUGCAUGCUCACCGGCCUCCUCUGUGGUACGCUGUACACGGUGCACGUGAUUGCUGUGGGAGAAGCCUGCUCCAGCCUCCCCAGCGAGUCCGUGGACUUCCAUUCAGUGCCUUGUACUCCAGGGAUCACCUCCAUGUACCUGGAUUGCGUCACCAACUCACUGAUGACGUGGUGGGAUCACGCAGAAGGUGCCACGUCGUACGUGGCCCUGGCAAACACCCGCGGCGCUGACAGUGUCAUCUGCAGAACCAACGUCACGGGCUGUCAUUUUCUGGACCUGGAUUGUGGCCGUGUAUACGCUGUCAGGCUGCUGGCCUCGGACGGGCAGUGCAACAGCUCACUAAGCACCAGCGAGGACGUUGAGUCAGUGCCCUGCACGCCCGAAAACGUGGAGGCGGAGCUGAUGUGUUAUUCCGACGCUGCCUACGUGGAGUGGGAGGCCAGCAGGGGGGCGGAGUCCUACGUGGUGCAGGCCGUGGCUUCUGAGGGCCACGUCAGCUUCUGCAACACCACUGAGGUGGCCUGCGAGGUGCCUGACCUGGUCUGCGGAGAUAUCUACAACAUCAGCGUGGUGGCCGUCCGGCAGGACUGCAACGUGUCAGAGAGCAGCGUGGUGGAGCUGAAUAGCAUGCCCUGCGCCCCGCAGCUGGUCGAUGCUGCUGUAGACUGUGAAACGGGGGCCGUGAUGGUGACCUGGGAGCACAGUCCGGGAGCCACAUCCUACACUGCCUUUGCCCACGCGCUCACGGGCUACAACUCCUCCUGCAACACCACAGAGACCGUGUGCGAGUUCGCCGACCUCCUGUGUGGCCUGCCCUACGCCUUCCACGUUGUUGCCCUUGAUGAUGACGCCUGCAUCAGCCUGGAGAGUAUGGUGGCGUACGUGGACACAGUUCCAUGUGAGCCCCAUAAUGUCACGGUGAUGUCCGACUGCUCCUCCGAUGCGGGGCUUAUCAGGUGGGAGGAGGCAGAGCACGGGGAUUUCUUCUAUGUGCUGGCAACAGGCCUAGACGGCCACCAGACUACAUGCGGCAGCGACCCAUUUGCCGAGUGCUGGCUCCACGGGCUGCACUGUGGUCAAAGGUACAACCUGACAAUCACUGUCCAGGACCAUGUGUGCAACAGCAGCCACACCUAUCGGACCCUGCGGUCAGCUCCCUGUGAGACUCGGGAUGUGCAAGCAGUCGCGCGCUGUGGCUCCGGUUCGGCCUGGGUGUCGUGGAGAGAUAGUGGUGAGGCUGAGUCAUACCAGGCCACAGCCACGGCCCCCGGGAGCCAGCCAGUCAACUGCAACACCAGUGACAACCACUGUGAGCUGGACGGGCUACAGUGCGGACGGACUUACGACAUUUCCGUCCUCUCUACAUAUGACUCUUGCCGCAGUGCCGAGAUCAGGGGCCAGCCCUUCCAUACAGCCCCCUGUCCACCGCAUCGUGUGGAGGUCCUGGGGUCCUGCAGCCCAGACAGGCAGCUGAGGUGGGACUUCGACCCUGAUGCAGACUACUUUGUUGUGAGUGUCAAACCUGAAAAUGGCACGCAGCACUCCUAUAAAACGGGUGAGGCGAGCUGGCGCAUCAGUCACCUGACGUGCGGCCAGAAUUACUACGUCUACGUUACGGCCUUCCGUGGGAGCUGCAAGAGCAUGCCCAGCCUGACCGUCCAAGUACCAUCAGUCCCAUGUACGCCCCAGCAGGUUUCUGGUAACCUGGAGUGUGGGACUAACUCAGCCUGGGUCAUGUGGGACCCUACCCCAGGGGCGCUGACCUACAGGGUGACUGCAGAAAGCGUGGACGGCCACAACUCGUCCUGCCCUGGCUCCCCCUCCAGCUCCCCCUGCAACGUACCCUCCCUGCAAUGCGGGAUGACCUAUACCUUCAGGGUCACUGCCAUUGGCCACAUCUGUGAGAGCCAAUCCAGCUCUACCUACAAGCUCAUGACAGCCCCCUGCCUCCCCAAGUCGAUCACGGCCGUCACGGAGUGCCACAGCGACACCAUCCAGGUGACCUGGGAGAGGACGCAGGCCUCCCCUCUCUACAUCGCUAUAGCGGACGGGAAUGACGGAAGCACGCUGUCCUGCAACAGCACCAUGGGGACCUGCCAGCUGGCCGGUGCUCAUUGCGGAACGGAGUACAAUGUCAUCGUGGCCUCCUACUCGGACAAAUGCAGCAGCUUGAGGAGCUCCCCAUACACUAUUACAACAGCACCAUGCACCCCUCAGGACAUUAUAGUGGAUGCCUGUAACAGUGAAGGCAUCAAGGUUUCCUGGCCAAACUCAUCCGUGGCAGAGUUCUACCUCAUGACGGCCACAGGGGAAGAUGGCAACACACUGACCUGGAACAUGUCCGAGAGCCACCCGACGCUCACGGGGCUGCGGUGUGGUCAUGCCUAUUCCUUUUCCGUCAUUGCCACGGCGAUGGGCUGCACCAGCCUGGCCAGCUCUCCGAUCACCCUAAGUACCGCACCCUGCAUCCCGGACAAUUUGAUGGUACAGAUGGAGUGUGCCAGCAAGUCGGCAGCUCUCUCCUGGGGUGCGAGCGGGGGCUCCCUGGGGUACUUCGCCCGUGUGCAGCCUGAGCACGGCGCCACACUGUUCUGCGGCGGGACGACCACAUCCUGCAACGUCUCCGGACUAGAAUGCGGCGUCCUGUAUGACUUCUCAGUGCUGGCCUCCGACAGCACCUGCAAUAGCUCCUUUGGCAAGCCAAUAAGCCGGGGUGCAGCUCCUUGCCCCCCCAACGUGGUUCAGAAGCGGCUGCUGCCAAUGACAGAAGGAGUCCAGAUUGUUCGAGUGUCCUGGGAUCCUGUGGACUGUCCUGGGGUGACGUACCUGGUCGAUCUGAUGGGAAUGAUCCAAGGCAAUGAGCAGGCGCUCAUCAACAUCUUCUCCUAUUGGACUGACCGCACCUUCUUCGAGAUCCCUGUUCCCUGCAGUUCCACGUACUCUGUUACCGUCACAAGCAAGAACUCAGCAAGCACUGGAGAUCCCUCGACGGCCAUUACCGGAAGCACAGGUACUGGGGCAGGGAGACACUGUGCCUUCCCCCACUCGCCACAGCAUAAUACAGAGUGUUUAGCCCAUGUGGUUACAUUGACGGCUGCUGUCAUUUCAGCUCCCUGCCCGCCGUCGUCUAUCACAUUCGUCGGGGGCGACGGUUCUGCUGUACUGUCCUGGAGCCCCUCGAUCUUCGCCACCAGCUACACUGUCUAUAGGCUCUCCAACAGCACCAGGUCUCAGGUCUGCAGCACUGCACAGCUGUCCUGCAGGCUGCACAAUGUCAGCCACGACUCUGUCGAGGUGACAGCCAGCAACCCGGCGGGACAGAGCAAUCCGAGCCGUGACGUUCAAGAUAUAUCAUCCACUCGCACCAGAAGAACCCUGCAUGAAGCCGUGAUUGAUAAGAGGGACGAAAUGCCCGUUCCGAUUGUGCAAGUGGCAGCAGCAGGGAUCUCUCUGCAUGUCAGAUGGAGCACAGUAGGUGGAGCAUCACACUACACAUUGAUGGUCAGGCCGGACUCCGGCAGGCAGCCCGUCAGACCCAUGUUGAUCCCCGUGUAUGGAGAGUCCCACACAGUGACUGACCUGGAGCCCAGCACCAGAUACUGCGUCUCCCUGUCUGCCACAAUGGCUUCAGCCAGCGGCCCAUUCUCUGAGCCAAGCUGCAUGCGCACGGGGACAACCAUCUAGGGCCCAUAAGCAAAAGAACACUUUUACACAUGUUCCGUUGAAAGGACGGGAACAGGAUGUGUGUGUGUGUGCAUGUUGGAGGGAGGGAGGUCCAUGAGUGUGUGCCAAUGAAAUUCACUGUUCAUUUCAAAAGUGACCUGGUAAAGCAUUGUUUACUGUGAACCUAUUAGGCAGAACAUAGUUUUUUUUAAUAUAAAGAGAUAGACGGCAGUGUAACAUGAUUUUAAACACUUUUAAAUUAUCGUGAUGUUUGGUUUGGCUCGUCAAACUGUAUCAGCCCAGCUGAGUGUAAUGGUUAGUUCAGAAAGGAUUGUUGAUGAUACUGAUGUUUUCCAGUGUGCUGAAGGGAAAAAAUAACUUCCUGUGAUAACUUACAUAUAUUUUAAAUUCUGAAACUUAAUGCCUUAAUCACAAAAACACAGUCACAUUAGUUGUAGCUAAAAAUUAUCAUUAUCAAGCAUUUUUUUAAAACCAUACAGUAUAUUUACUAAUGUACUAUAUCUUUUCAUUAAGUGAACAUUCUUGGUAGACUUUUUAAGCCCAUAAAUUAAAUAAUAAAAGCUUUUGAAAAAAAAGUUUCUUUUGACAAAUGAAAUGAAAUUGAAAUUUAGGCUAGAAAUCCAUCACUACGAUGGCUGAACAAUGUUAAAUCACUAUCACGGUCUUCGCUUAUUUCCUGGGUAGCAAAUUCUUUUCUCACUGGACAUUUUCAACCAAAUCAACAAAAAUAUUGUUUUCAUGGUAGGACUUUUUCCAUGAUGGCACAGAACUCAGAGAGCAUUCAGAGAAGUUCCAAAGUAAGGUUCUUUUUUCCCCUAUGGCAUUACAGUUUACAUUUUGAACAGCUGAUGAUCUAUGCCUUCAUGAUUGCCAGAAAGUGGCCAGUAAUUCACUUUGGGAUUUGUACAGGCUGAACCAAAGGAGUGAAACAAAACUAAUGAAAAGACAAAGUGAAAUCA